AUGAAGUCCAUGCUCGGGUCCUCGGGCCUCAUCCACACCGCGUCCGCCGUGCCCGCCGCCGAGAAGGCGCGCCAGUGGAACCGCCUCGCGGACGGCAUGGAGCGGUUCCACGGCCACUUUAGGUGGGAGUUUGACAGGCUGUAUAAUAUCGCAUCCGGCGGAUACCUCGCCGAAGGCCUCACACUCCACCAGUACCUCCGCGAGGCCGAGCAGCUGUCGCACCACCUCGACAUGCACCACCGCAUCGAGGAGACGUACAUCUUCCCGCUGCUCGCCAAGCGCAUGCCCCAGUUCCGCGACUCGGGCAAGUCGAUGGGCGCGCACAUUAUCGCGCAUCGCAAGAUUCACGAGGGCCUGGACAAGUACAACAACUACAUUGCCGAAGUCAAGGCCAACCCCAAGAUCUACGACCCCGAGAAGAUCCGCGACAUCAUGGACACGUUCGCCGACACGCUCUUCAAGCACCUCGAGGACGAGGUCAAGGACCUCAACGGCGAGAGCAUGCAGAAGCACGGGUUCAAGCUGGAUGAGAUUCGGCGGUUUCCCAUUUAG